UAUUCGACCUCAAACCACAAUCGAACUCGACUUCGUGCAGACUCACCAAUCUCCCACCUGCAUCGACAGAACUCAUUCACAAUGUCUCACGCCGAGCUCGCUUCGUCCUACGCGGCCCUGAUCCUCGCCGACGACGGCGUUGAGAUCACCGCCGACAAGCUCCAGACCCUCAUCAAGGCCGCCAAGGUCGAGGACGUCGAGCCCAUCUGGACCUCCAUCUUCGCCAAGGCUCUUGAGGGCAAGGAUGUCAAGGACCUCCUCGUGAACGUCGGCUCCGGUGGUGGUGCCGCCGCUGCCGCUGGCGGUGCUGCUGCUGCUGGUGGCGAAGCCGCCGCUGCUCCCGCUGAGGAGGAGAAGGAGGAGGAGGCUGAGGAGUCUGACGAGGACAUGGGCUUCGGUCUCUUCGACUAA